CACAGGAAGGGGUUAAUGCUGGAGAUAAAUUUAUUAGUGCACAAUCAUUCCUUAGAUAAAUCACAAGAAAUGUAUACAAGAUUAUAAAGUAGCGGUACACUACCAGAAAUAUGCAUGAGGUCUAAAGGAUUUAAUUUUGAGGUGCUCACGCUUGUCGUGCUGUCUGUAAUACCUUGGCCAGGACCGACAGUCUUCAAGAUAUCCUGCCCUCGAGACAGCGCAACUAUCGUUCGCAAAAUAGUACAAAAGAAAUGGAUUCCAGUGCUGGAGAAGUACCAAGUCCAGAUCCCUCUGGAAUGUCCCUUUCAUCCGCUGAGAGACAUCUUCAGACCUCAGCAAGCCGCCAAGAUACAGAACCGUCCUUCACAAUGGACCUGCGGCCUCUGUGGAAAGUCAUUUUAUGACGAGAGGUUCCUAGAUAUGCACUUUGACAACAGGCACAAAAACAACAUUAAUAUGGCUGAAGAUGCCGUUUGUCUCGCCGACUACUGUGACAUAAUGCGCUGUGAGGUUUUGCGCACCCAAGACCUCGGGCCGGAUGUGACUCAAGGCAACACAGACAUCGAGAUAUGGCGGGAAGCUACGGCAUACCACACGGCACUUAGCCCUGUGGGACCUCGGGCGCUAGCUCGGGUGGGGGUAGGAGUGUUCACCUCUCCCCACCCUCCUACCCCUCCACCACCUACCACACCCACACCCGCACACUGUCCUCGGUCAGAGGCACCAUCGGACUCGGAUAACCACACUGGAGGUAUGUGUCCAGACAACCUAGUAGACUCAUCAGUGCCCCCAAAACACCAGCGGGUUAGCGAGUUGCAGAAACUCAAAGCUAAUUGUAAACCUGAGGAACUCCAGAAGGUGAAAUUACGUUGUGAGGUUUUAGUAAGAGACUGCAUUGCAGGUCUUCUAGUCAACUUAUCUAUUCAAGACUUCAAGGAUGUUGAAGAGGAACUCAACCAAGCUGUCUGCUGGUACCUCACAUGUGAUCGCUAUUGGCAGGACUCCACGUCUGACCUCCGUCACUUCCCGUGGGGUUUGGUCACGGUGUUCACCAUGGUCUUGUCCCUGGGCAUCUGCCUCUGUUACUACAUCAUAUGGGUGCUCUUUGACUCGGAUGACAUGAGCGUUGCUAGUACGAGCGUAACAGCAAGUUCCAGUCCGGCACAUCACUCACACUACAGUGAGGAGUAUUACACCUCGGACGAUCUACACGCCAGUGAACAUUACAUCUACGUCACCUACCCUCCUGACCUCAAGAGGCGACUGCUAGAGAGCUGUUACAACCGAACCACGAGAUUGUGAAUGGAAAUCUCUUUCGAUUAAAAAAAGCUACCAACAAUCAUCCAACCAAGAGGAGGAGACAUUUGUAUGACAAUUUAAGAAGAAUUUGUCAUCUUUUUAUAUUCCCACACAUUUUCAGAACAAAGGCCUUCAAAAAGUCAUUCCCUACAAUCAGUUAAUAUUAAAAGAAUACAUAUAACGAUGGACUUGACGACGAAUUCUAGUGAUAUCUGUAGAUUUUAUAGUCUAAAAACCUGAGAAUUUUUAUGGGAUACAAGACCUACCUGAAAAGGAAAUAAUACAUAAUGGCACAAUAAAUACAAAACUCCAUAGCCUAUUCCAAAUUUAGACUAUUCCACUACUGGCCAGGAAGUUCACUGGAUAUCUAUCCUGAGAAGACAUUAGUUUCAAUUCCAACUCAAACUUUACUUGGUUGAAAAUACCAUAAGUAAAAGUGAAAUAUUCUAAUUUGUUAGCCUAGCCUAUGUAUAGUAAGUAACUUCUUGAUCAACAUUUGACCUGUUAUUAAAUUUACAAAAGGCAAAAAUAAAAAUACGAAAUAAAAAUACGCAAAGAACACUCUUAAAACAUAAAUCUACACCUUAACUGUUAACUCAUAGGUAAAUAUAAAAGAUGGUAAGUGUAGAUCUAUUUUGAUUGGCCACUUCAAUCAUUAUUAGACCCAAUAGGUGAAUGACAAGAACCUAAGCCAAUAGGAUAUAAGUAGGUACACCAUCAAGGUUCUUACCAUUCGCCUAUUGGGUCUCAUGAUAAUUAAUUGAUAAUAAUUGAUGAUAAUUAAUCUAAUCUAAAAUUGAUCACCACUUACCAUCUUAUGUAUUUACCGUUUUUUUUAGUAACAGUGUAAAAUGUAGAUGUAUGCUUCAAGAGUGUUAAUAGGCGUAUCUUGAUUUACUUUCUCUUAUGUAUAGUUUAAAGUUUUUGAAUUUCUUGUGCCAUAAUGUACUCUUUUCCAAUCAGGUAAGCCAAGCCUGCUUUUACAACAAAAUUGUUGGAACCUAGGCUCUUCCCUUGUGCCCUCUUUUGGUCUUGAAUUCUUCACUCUUCUCUAAGGACCAAAAUUAGUCUGUUUUUUUAGCUUUGUUUGAAUAGUAAUCUGUUAUCUAAAUGUACAGAUGUGCAAUAAGAAAACAUUUUCGAAUAACCUUUUUACUCUAUACCAAUAAGAAUAUUUCUACAUAGUUAGAAUUGUCUUAUCUAACCAAUAUUCACAAGCCAAUGAAUUAGUUUGACAGACUAUAAAAAAACACACAAAAAUUGCCAAAUAACUAUUAUAAGUUCACUAAUUUUUUGCAUUAGAGUGCCUUUGGGUUUUUUAGCAGAAGGUGUACCUAUUUGUGUGAUGAUACUACUAUUGAAAUGUCACUAUUUAAGAAAAAAUUAUUUAAGAAAAUUGAGUAAAAGAUUGGUGUGAGCAUUAGUUAUGGUAGAACUUGCAAUAGGCAAAAUAUUUGUGAAAACGAGUAAGAGAUAGACAUUUGACAUUUUGUUAAUCGGUAGUGUUUGAAAUUUUCUUCGAGAUAAGACCUUUUUUAAUGAAAAUUAGAAAACUAGAAUUGGCACAAAAUAUACUAAAUUAAAAUAAAAACUGCAUAAAUAAUAAAAUACUCUUUGGUCAGUAUUAUGCUAGUCAUUUGUGGAGGUAGAUUGUUAUUAAUUUCUAAGCUUUAACUAAAAAAACAAUUCAACUGAAAUUAAUUAAAAUUUAACUGAAUUGAAAUGAAAGUCAAGCUUCUUUCAGUUCUAAAGAAUUGUAAAAGUUCAACAGGAUUGAGCCAAAUUUGGCUGUGUAACAAUCAUCUAAUGAACAAUGUGUAUAUUUAUUUCUUAGUAAAAAUAAAGCAAAAAUUGAAGAUGGUAAUUUAAAUUCCAUGGUAGUCAAUUUUAUUGAUUUAUUUUUUUUAAAUAUUUAAGUAUGUUUAAGUUUUAUUUUUUAUUUUUUUUAACAUUAGCACUGCUAUGAAAUAUCAAGGAGAAAUAAAAUUAAUAUCUCUGCUGAACAUCAUUGCAAACAACAUAUUGUGUGAAAUUAAAAUUUUUUAAAGAACAUUGAUGCAGUAGGUUACCCUACUGCGUAGGGUAAUUUGUGUAAAAAAAUACAUAGGUUGGCAGCACUUAAAAAAAAAAUUGAAUGUGCGGGAAACUGGCUGUGUUGACAAAGGUGCGGCCAGAACGUUUUUUGUGUUUUCUGAAAAGUGAAAAUACUCGGUGCAAUAUUGCAUCGACAUUGUUGUAUUGCAACAUUGUUCGGUGGAGCUAUUAAAAUGUUGAGUAUUAAAACUUAUUUUAAGUUGUACACGGUGGUUGUGAAAAUAAUUGUUUUUGCACAAAUAAAAACAAACAUGAUUACAAAGUGUCAUGUUUUGGUUUUUUAUACGUCUGAAGUGAAUUUGUAAUGUAAUUACAUCGUAGAAUUUCUUUGUUAUUUAUGAGGAACAUAAAGAUUUUGAAACUUAUUCCUGUAAUAUUCUCUAAGCAAUUUGUAAGUCGAUGUGUUCCAAACAGUUUUAUUUGGCUUUCAGUUACUUCACUCUUACAUAGGUGCACAAUGUUUAUACAAUUAGGAUUAAAUCUACUCA